AUGGCAGCGGAUGACAGUGCAGGAGAUCCGAGGGGACUCACCCCCCUUCACUGUGCAGCCUUAAGCGGGUAUAUGCCUAUCUGCAGCACGCUCCUAGAUAGGGGGGUGAAUAUGUAUCCAAGUGCUGGGUCCGGCACUAGCGCGCUUCACUGUGCAGUACACAAUGGCUCUGAAGUGCUGUGUCGUUAUCUUGUAGACCACGGGGCUGAAGUCAGAUGGCGUGACCAGACAGGAUCCACUCCCCUUCACAUAGCAGCUAGGCAUGGCUUUGUGAAUAUUUGCAAAUAUCUUCUAGAUACCGGAGCCAAUGCUCGCGAUAACGAAAGUUUAGGAUUCACUGCGCUUCACUGUGCAGCUCAAAAUGGCAGUGCGGAUAUAUGCCUGAUGAUCCUGCAUGCGGGAGUGGAUGUAAAUACUCAGGCGCAAAAUGGUCUUACUCCUCUUCACUGUGCGGCGGGAAAUGGUCAUGCCAACCUUUGCAACGUGCUUCUGGAAUAUGGUGCGAAUCCCAAUAGCAAUGCUUACAACGGAUCUACCCCCCACCACCACGCAGCCCAAAAGGGCCAGUUCAAUGUUACCACCACUCUCUUAAAUGCUAGAGCCGAUAUUAAUCAUGUUGAUCAAUAUCGGGUUACAAUUCUCCAUCACGCCGCAGAUCAUGGCACUUUGAAUAUUUGUAAAGGGUUCCUGAUGUUAGGCGCAGAUCUCGAGGCACAAGAUAUUAAUGAACUCACCGCCCUCAGUUAUGCAGUACGCAAAGGUCAUACUGCUGUUGUGCAAUACCUGUUAAGUGCCGGAGCAGAUUUUCGUGCAACUGACAACCUGGGAUACACUGUAUUUCACCAGGCAGCAAUGAACGGUUCUUGGGAUAUCUGCAGGAAUCUCUUGUAUGUCGGGGCUGAUUUCAACAGUCAGGCAAACGACGGAACGACUGUGCCAGGCUGCGCAGCACAAAUGCGUUAUGACGAGCUCUAUGAAUUCUUGGCUACCGCCGAUACAUCUGCAACGAAAGAUAUAUUAUCCGCCUCACUUCAAGAGGCCGCCGAGAAGGGCUAUUUGCGUUAUUGCUAUUACCUUCUUGAAGCAGGUGCGGAUGUUCACAGACGUGACGAACGGAAAUACACCGCACUCCAUAAGGCAGCCGCUGAGGGACAUAAUGUCAUUGUUCAGUGUCUCCUAGAUGCUGGUGCCGAUGCUGAUUCGGUAGACGCUGAGGGAAAAUCACCUGUUGAUCUAGCGUCGGAGCGUCGUUUUAAUUCAACAGCACGCAUUCUCAGUUAUCAUAGGAAUUCGGUUCGUAAGGAUGGUGGGAGGUUGAAACAUGAGGCAAAGGUGAAAUAUCCAAGACAAUUCGCUACGACGAGGGAUGUAAUGGAGGGAAGGAGUAGUAUAGGAGAGGGGAGUACAGCUCAGGCUAGAAGAGAGGGUUUCGUAGAUCUGCAGGAGAUGAUUGUAAUAAAUGAAACGGAUGGAAGGGAUCCGGAACGGUUACAAGGCAGGUUUAGUAGCAACCAGGCGGGAGAUGAGAUUAUAAAGGAUUGGUUGAAACGUUGGUACAUGAAGCAAAAAUUCCGUAUGUCGAAAAAAGGGAAGGAAGUGGACAGAUAG